GAUGUGAGCAAGGAUCGCACUUGGCAGCCGAUGUCCGUUGCAUCUUGUCAUAUGGGCACAGCACGGAGUAUCCCUCAAAUGUCUUGAUGCUCUUCGGUUUGCGUUUACCGAAACAAAGGUUGAGGGAUGGGAGACAAAUCCCGAGGUCAUUCUUACCAACGUGCGUGCUUCAAUGGAUCCGGACUGAUCCAAGACUCUCCCCUUAUAAGUCAAGUGUCACAGUCAUCGUGGGCGGAUCAUCUUGUUAUCUCGACAGUCGACUUGACAUUGUGUUGAUGCAAACAGUAAGAGACUCAACACCUGCUUCCUCAACAACAAGAUGCCUCAACUAGAAGCCAUCCCAAAGUCCUACGAGGCUGUCUCCCUGAGCAAAGACGAGAGCCCGGCAUCAAUCUACCUCAAGUCCAACGACAACGACCUCGAUGCACCGGUUCAUUUCACAUUCGAAGCAAUACGGUCCAACAUCUUCCGCACUACCUUUACAUCAACAACCCAUCCUCUGCCACCAUAUCCAUCCAUACCACAGCCUGCCAAAAACCUCAAAAACACUCAAAUCAACACCACCUCCAAAUCUACUGACUUCCACGCCUUCACAAUCAACGACAUCCAAGCCUCCCUUACUUGGACCCACGCCCCAGUUGUCUCCCUCUCCUGGCUCGACUCUUCAUCACCACUCCACUCCGACCUCGCCUUCCGUUCCUACGCCCUCGACGGCCCCGGAAUAGCACAUUACACCGCGCACGACCGGUCUGCCAUGCACGUCGGCCUCGGCGAAAAGUCCGCUCCCAUGGACUUGACGGCGCGAUACUUCCAAAUCUCCGCGACAGACUGCUUCGGCUAUGAAGCCCACGCCACGGAUCCCAUGUACAAGCACAUGCCCUUGCUCAUCAAAGCAACGCCUCACGGCUGCGUUGCCGUGGUCUCUUCAUCCCACAGCCGCGGAUCAUGGAGCGUCGGUUCCGAAAUCGACGGCCUCUGGGGCCACUUCAAAGUCUACCGCCAGGACUACGGUGGCCUGGAAGAAUACAUCAUCAUCGGCCGGACGCUCAAAGACGUGGUGCGGUCCUACGCCGACCUGAUCGGAUUCCCUUUGCUCGCGCCCCGCUGGGCGUACGGCUACCUCUCCGGCGGAUACAAGUACACUAUGGGCGACGACCCACCGGCGUACGCACAACUGCUCGAAUUUGCCGACAAACUGAGGGAACACGACAUUCCAUGUUCGGCACAUCAGAUGAGCAGCGGCUACUCGAUUGCCGAGACCGAGCCCAGGGUCAGGAACGUGUUCCGAUGGAACAAGCACCGCUUCCCGGACCCCGAGGGGUGGAUCAAAAAGUAUCAUGCUCUGGGUAUUCGGCUGUUGACGAAUAUCAAGCCAUUCGUGCUCGCCUCUCAUCCAGACUAUGCGUAUCUGGUCGAGAACAAGGGGCUGUUCACGGACCACAGGACGAAAAGCACGGCUGAGAUGCGUCUCUGGAGUGCUGGAGGUGGCGAAAGCGGCCUCGGCGGCCAUGUUGAUUUUACGUCGUCUGCGGCAUAUGAAUGGUGGGCACGCGGCGUGCAGAAACUCAAGGAACAGGGUAUCGAUGCGAUGUGGAACGACAAUAACGAGUAUACCUUGCCUAAUGAUGACUGGCAGAUGGCUCUCGAAACAAUCCCACGGACCUCGAACAGGGCGGACUCGAACAAGGUGGGCCUUUGGGGCCGCGCGAUGCACACCGAGCUCAUGGCAAAAGCAUCGUACGACGGACUCUUGCGCGCAGAGCCUGGAGUACGCCCAUUCGUUCUCACCCGGAGCGCGAGCAUCGGCACUCUUCGGUACGCAUGCAGUUCGUGGAGCGGCGACAACAUGACCUGUUGGGAGAGCAUGAAAGCUGCGAAUGCCAUAUCCCUGAAUGCGGGAGUCAGCCUGAUGCACUGCUACGGCCAUGACAUUGGAGGUUUCGAGGGUCCUCAGCCAUCUCCUGAACUCUUGCUUCGCUGGGUGCAGCUCGGAUGUCAUCAGAUUCGUUUCGCGAUCAAUUGUUUCAAGACAUCACCACAAGAUAACCAAGCCGGGGAAGUCAUUGAGCCAUGGAUGUAUCCAGAGAUCACGCCAAUGAUCCGGAAAGCCAUCAAGAGGAGGUAUGGGAUGAUGCCGUAUAUAUACUCGCUUGGACUGGAAAGCGCUUUGACCGCCACUCCUCCACAGAGAUGGAUUGGAUGGGGAUAUGAGUCAGAUCCUGAGGUCUGGACCAAAGCACUCAAAGCCGGCGAAGAACAGUACUGGUUCGGAGAUACGCUGCUAGUUGGAGGCGUGUAUCAGCCUGGACUUGACGCCGCGAGACUUUACCUCCCGCGCCAAUCUUCUGCUGACGGGUUCGAUUACGGAUAUGUCAAUCUCAGCGCACCAUAUGACCAUCUCGCAUCUGGUCAGUGGGUGACGAUAUCGUCGCCAUGGAGGGAGAGUAUACCGCUGUUGGCCAAGAUUGGCGGGGCAAUUCCCGUCGGCAAGAGUGUGCAGACUCGAAUGCCUGGAGACGAGAGCGCAGAGUCAAAGGCGUUGCCGGUGGAUGAUUAUCGUGGGAUCGAGAUCUUCCCACCGAAAGGCAGCUCACACGGCCAGACGUUCUCCACAACCUGGUAUGAAGAUGACGGGCUCUCACUCACACCUGACAUCUCGAAGUUCACGAUAACGUACAGUGCCAAUGAGGAGAAGGUGAUUAUUGACCUGACUCCAUCGCCGGAUAACGUCUUUGUUCCGCCAUGGAGGGACGUUGUGAUCAUUCUGCCAGUGGGAGACGAAAGAUAUGUAGAAUCGGCCAACGGUCAUGCCACCGAAAGACUGGCAACACAAAGUUGUGAGCGGGUCCGAUACAAGAUGGCGGUGCCUGUACCGCGCAGUCAGAGUGUGUGCAAUGGAUAUCAUUGA